UCUCCAUACCCUUCUUCAACCUUAAUUCCUUCAUAAAUCUCUUAAUCUUUAGCCAAAUCAAGUGAAAUCUAGGUCUAUCUUGACUAAAUUUUCACGUACUUUCUGAUUUUGAGAGGAGUUUUGCAAGAAAACAAAGUUUUCGGGUCUGAAUCACAAACCCUAGGUCCGAAAGUUUUGGGGGUUUUUGAAGUUCUUGCCUUAGUUGUGUUUCUUACAUCCUCAAACAAAGGAAAAUGGUUAAGACGAAAGAGAAAGCGGGAGCUAGUUCAUCCUCUUCGGCGAAAGGAAAGGGCAAACAACCGGAAGUGCAACCAAAGAAGAGGCAAUAUUUGGGUAGAGUUGAUGAGAGUGAAAGUGAGGAAGAAAUGGAGUUGGACCCGACUGAAAAGCCAAAAUGGGAUUUGGGUCCAUUGGAUGAGCAACUGAAGCAUUGGCAACCGACACUCUUUCACGACAGUAUGAACCGUUUGAAAAAUAAGGCGGCUGCAUUCAUCUGUGAAAGGGCGUUGAGAGAAGUUGAAUUUGGCCCGUUUGGUGUGUUUGCCAAAUUCCGUGCUCUAGGAUGGGAGUCGGCACUUAGUUGUUAUGAUAAAGAUAAAAACAACUUGUUCAUCACCGAAAUUCAAGAAUGGAUGGCAACUCUUAAGUGCAACACAUAUGAAAAGUCAUCACAAAUGAAGUUAGUUGGUGAAGUGCAUGGGAUUCCGGUGGAGAUGUCUUUUGAUACGUUGAAGAAGCUUGGGAAAUAUGAUAGUCUUCCGGCUCGUGACUACAUGAUUCCCACUCUUGAUAACCUUUUGAUAAAGCCGGAAAAGCACCCCCGUUGGAAUGAUAUGUUGGCGACGUUGUUUUUGCCUGGUACUUAUCAUGGAGUCUUGUAUCAGAAGAAUUUGAGAAUCGAAGUAAAGUUGUUGUUGGCGAUUUGCCUCUUGAAUGUCAUCCACGAAGGGGGGAUAAGGAGCAGGUGAGGUACCCCGAGGCACCCGUCCUCUAUUCGUUACUCACUGGGUCUCCGCGCUUUCCAAUCCGAUAUCUAAUCAUGAACCACCUCUGGAUUUGCCGAAACAAGUUGGGAAGAGAUAUUAUCCCGUAUUGCCGAAUUAUCACGGGAUUGAUGAAGCAGCAAAAGGCAAUCACGUCAGAGGAUAGAGAGGUAUCAAAAAGGCAUCAGCCUUUUACUUUAGACAAGAUGGGGAUUGGUUGGACUUACACGCAAUCGGAACGGUACCAUAAACUCAAGUCGGAGGGGCAGAGAUGGAGAGCAUUAAAGGUGGGUGCAAGAGAUCUUCUACCGGGUGAAGAGGAAGAACCCGAAAGUGAUGCGGAAGUCCCGAGUGGGGAUGAGGAUUAUGUAGAGGAACCGCAAGGUGGUGUGAAUGUGAAUGUAGGCCAAGGGGGCCCGGGUGGAGGUUAUGGUGGUGUCUUCUAUGAUUACAUGGAGUGUUCUUAUGAGCCCGGGUGGGCUUAUUGAGGGCACUAUGCAAGAGGUUAUCGCAAAUCAACGUCCUCCGGCUUCCGUUUUCGAAUCGUGGUCGGGUUCGGAGCGGACGUUAUUUGAUCAAAACACGAUGAUGAGUGCAAGCAUAGAGCGGUCUUUGAAACAUAGCUUUGAUCAUCAUGAGGCGUGGAAUCGCACACAUGCGUAUUCCCAUGAAUUGGAGAUGAACAACCGAUACCAUGAUGACCAAGCUAGAAGAUUGCAUGCCGAUUGGCACGCCGGGCGGCCGGUGGUUGUGGAUCCACAACAUGUGGAUUAUGCGUCUCUACCACCUUACGAUGGUAGUGUGUCGUAUCCGACCCCGCAACUUCAUCAUUCACAAUGGAUCGACCCGCGCCAACAAGAAGGAGCUCCGCAACAAGGUGGGAGUAGUAGCGGUUCAUUUUCAUUUGGAGAAUGGAAUGACAUGAUGUCUUCCAUUUUUGGACCUCCACAGCCACGCUAUUACUAGUCAGGUACAAAUAGGGAGCUAAAAAUGGUAAAAACGCAGCUUUGGACGGUUUGGAGAGGAACGGGUCGCGCAUAGAAGGAACGAAGAAGCAAAUCCCAACUUUCAGGGCUUCACCGUAAAUUACGGUGGCCACCGUAAUUUACGGUGGCCCUGAAAGUCACAUUUUCCUGCCGUAACUCAGUGUACUUCUACCGUAACAUCAUGGAGUCCACCGUAAUUUACGGUGGAUACCGUAAAAUUUACGGUGGAUACCGUAAAUUACGGUGGAGGCUGCGAGGAAAAGUGUAACUCCCAUUUUUAAGGUGCUUUAUGGUGGCUUUUGAUUGGCAUUCAUGAUUGGACGUUUUCUUAUCAUCUUGGGGGCGAUUUUUGCUGGUUCUAGCUUGUUCGAAACAUUGAAAAACAUUUGGUUCUUGUUGUUGAUGUUUAUGAACUCUAAUUUGGAUGUUAUGAUGAUCAACCAAACUAUGUCCGGCUAAUUUCAUUGUGAUCAUCCUAGGUUGAAGGUUUGUUUGAGACGGUUGUGUUUUGAUUCUAUAUUUCUAGAAUGGUAAACGCUAUUUCUAUUUUGUUUA